AUGAGCGACUUUAUAAAGGUUGAUUUAACACACAAUUUGUAUAGGAACAAAAAAUGGAAGGAAAUAAAACUUAAUAAAUUUGAAAAAAUAGAAAAUAUAAAAAGGAAAAUAUAUACACAUACAGGUACCCCUCAUGAUAAUAUGAACUUGUAUGCAUAUGACGAAUUAAAUAUUGAAAAUACACAAGUGUUUUUAAAUAAUGACCAAUUAUGUCUAAAUGAUUAUAAUGUUCGAGAUAACUAUACCAUUUAUAUACAAGAGAUGAAUAACUCUUCUGCUAAUGAUAUUAUAUAUAAUAUAGAUGAUGCGGAAAAAUUAGAAAAGUUAAAGCACUUGAAAUAUGAAAUAAAUGAAGAAAAUUAUAAUAAAAGACAAGAUACCUUCAGAACGUUCCUAAAAAAGUUGAAGGACACAAAAAAGGGAAAUAUAACCAAAAAAGAACAUACGGAUGUACUAAAUACGAAUGUACUAAAUACGAAUGUACUAAAUACGAAUGUACUAAAUACGAAUGUACUAAAUACGAAUGUACUAAAUACGAAUGUACUAAAUACGGAUGUACUAAAUACGAAUGCACUAAAUACGAAUGCACAAGGUACUUAUAACAAUACUUAUGAUAAAGAAGUAUAUAAAGUCGAUACACGGUGUAGAAUUAAAAUGGGAGAUCGAAGGGGGGUACUAAAAUAUAUUGGAAAUUUAAAAAAUAAUAAUGAAUUAUAUGUUGGAAUUGAUUUAGAUGAACCCUUAGGUAACUCAGACGGCAUGUAUAAGAACCAAUUCUUAUUUGAAUGUAAAGGAGAUAAAUAUGGUUAUAUAGGGCAUAUCAACUCAAUUGAAAUGGGUAACUUUCCUCCAUUCGACAUUAUGAACUUGGAGGAGUUCUGA